CUAAGAUCUUCAUCUUCUUCCACCCCCACCAACUUCCACUUCCCUUUUCUAUCACCCUAUAAUUACUAAAACCCUAAUGCUUAUUUAAUUGUUUUCUUUAGAUUUGUGUAGAUUUUAUAAUUGAGUUGAAAAGAAGAAAGAAAAGGAAGAUAGAGACUAAGGGGAAAAUGCUGCCUGAGAGAGGCACCCAAUGUGAUCUGUUCCUUAUGGGCAGAAAUAAAAUCCCAUUAGCUUUUGGGGUUUUGUUGCUUUUUUUCUCGGUGAGAGAAAAUGGGGUGAGCGCGUCGAUCCAUGAGUACAAGAACGAAGCUUUCAUCCGUCGCUUCAAUUCCUACUUCUUCCAUGGCGGCAGUGAAGGCCUCUACGCGUCCAAGAUCGUUGACCCGCCCAAAACAGCUGCUAACGAUGAUGGCAACAAGCCCCUCAAUGGAAAAUCAUUCAUCAGGUUUGAAUCAAUCACGUUUAGGAGACCAAAGGAAGUUGCAAGCAAGCAAAACCAAAUGCAGCAAAGCACUGGAGUGGUUGAGACCAUAAUCGUCGAGGUCAAAGACAGUGACAAAAUCGGGACAACUUACGGUAACUCAAAUGCCAUAUGUUGCGACCCGGCUCUCGCCAAAGAUGGGCUUUGCAAAGUCGGUGAGGUCAUCAUUCGGCAAAAUCCCGAAAAUCCAGAAUGGCCCAAAAGGCUACAAACAUCUUUCGAGGGAAAUAACGAGGAAGCUAGCAUGGUGCUUCAAUCAGUCGAGAUAAAUAAAACGGGCAUGUACUAUCUGUACUUCAUGAUAUGUGAUCCAGAACUAAAGGGCACUUUAAUUAGUGGAAGAACAGUGUGGAGAAAUCCUGAAGGCUAUUUACCGGGAAAAAUGGCUCCUUUAAUGACUUUUUACGGGUUCAUGUCGUUAGCCUACCUUGUUCUUGGACUGUUAUGGUUCAUGAGAUUUGUUCAACACUGGAAAGAUAUAAUUCAGCUGCAUUAUCAAAUAACGGCUGUUAUUGGGCUCGGAAUGUGUGAGAUGGCCUUUUGGUACUAUGAGUACGCGAAUUUCAACUCGACUGGAAGUAGACCUAUUGGGAUCACGCUUUGGGCAGUUACUUUUAGCGCGAUUAAGAAAACAUUAUCUCGACUUCUUCUGCUUGUGGUCUCGAUGGGUUACGGUGUGAUGAGGCCAACGUUGGGGGGUAUAACUGCAAAAGUGAUUCUUCUUGGCGUGUUGUAUUUUUUGGCAUCAGAAGCUUUGGAGCUUGUCGAGCAUUUGGGGAAUAUAAACGAUUUUGCGGGGAAAGCUAGGCUCUUUUUGGUUCUGCCGGUGGCGCUUUUGGAUGCGUGCUUUAUCGUUUGGAUCUUUUCGUCGUUAUCCAAAACACUGGAGAAGCUUCAGAUACGGAGAAGCAUGGCAAAACUCGAGCUUUACCGAAAAUUCACCAAUGCUCUGGCUGUUUCUGUUCUACUUUCAGUUGCUUGGAUCGGAUAUGAGUUGUAUUUCAAUGCCAGUGAUCCCCUAAGCGAAUUAUGGCGAAGAGCGUGGAUAAUCCCAGCUUUUUGGACUUUGCUUGCCUUUAUAUUAUUGGUGGUUAUAUGCAUCCUGUUGGCUCCUUCUGAUAAUCCUACUCGGUAUGCAUAUGAAACUGGUGAUGAUGAUGAAGAGGGUUUAUCACUAACUGGGGCAGGCGUUAUAGUGACGGGCGAUUUGAAAGAAAGGAAGGUUUCGAUUUCAUCAGAUCAUGUGUUUGGUUUAGUCGAGGAUUUAGAAGAGGACAAAAGAGAAUAAUUUUCAUGCAUAUUUUACGGUCCUAACUUGAAUGCUACUCGAUCUGCACAUAGUCGAGUUUCUUUCAAGAUCCUUCUUUUGUAGCUUUUCCUCUUUUUUCUUUACCCUCUGUAAACAAGAAUACACAUUGGGAUUAUAGAACUUAAUAAUAGACUUGGCUGGAAUCAGAAUUUAGCCCCUUCUGUUCUGCUAUUAUCAUUCAGAAUAUUAUAGGUUGCAUAUAUUGUCAUAGAUGAUUAUUGAUAAGACUGUUGGUAG